GUUACCAAUUAUUUUUUAUUAUCAUUGGCUAUUGCGGAUUUAUUGGUCAGUUUGUUUGUAAUGCCAUUAGGAGCCAUACCUGGUUUUUUAGGUUAUUGGCCAUUGGGUGUAUUCUGGUGUAAUGUUUAUGUAACAUGUGAUGUAUUAGCAUGUUCUUCAAGUAUCAUGCACAUGUGUUUUAUCAGUUUGGGACGUUAUUUAGGUAUACGAAAUCCAUUAAAAACACGGCAUACAACAACUAAACGGCUUGUUGGUAUUAAAAUCGCACUGGUAUGGUUAUUAUCAAUGCUUGUAUCAAGUUCAAUAACUGUAUUAGGUAUAAUAAAUCAUAAUAACAUAAUGCCAAAGCCAACAACAUGUGUGAUAAAUAAUCGAGCUUUUUUCGUAUUCGGUUCGUUAGUUGCAUUCUAUAUGCCAAUGGUUAUAAUGGUUGUAACAUAUGCAUUAACUGUACAAUUAUUACGGAAAAAAGCACGUUUUGCUGCACAACAUUUAGAGGGUGAUCAAUUCCGACGGCUGGGCGGACGAUUAGCAUUAAAACCAGAUCGUGGUGGUAACAGUAAUACUACGACAGGUGGACAACAACAACCGCAUCAACAAAUAUCAUCAUCUUCAUCAAAUAAUGGCGGAUGUACAUCUGUAAUGGAUCAAAGUACACAAACACCAGAGAAUAUUGCACGUGAAACACGUAAUUUUAAAUUACGUUCAUUAAAAUUACAAUUAAAUAAUGUUACACCGUCAACGUUAAAUUUAAGAUUUCUUGCUGGACGUAAUAAACGUCGUGAUUUAGCGGCAAAUGCUGUUGCCACCGAACAGAAAGCAUCAAAAGUAUUGGGUUUGGUGUUUUUUACAUUUGUUUUAUGUUGGUCACCAUUUUUCAUAUUAAAUAUAUUAUUUGCUGCAUGUCCAACAUGUCAUGUACCCGAUCAUGUUGUUGACAUAUGUCUAUGGUUAGGUUAUGUAUCAUCAACAAUCAAUCCAAUCAUCUAUACGGUAUUUAAUCGAACAUUUCGUGCUGCAUUUAUACGAUUAUUGUUAUGUCGAUGUCAACGAUUAUCUCGACCGCCUCGAUACCGAUCGGUGAAUGAGAAUCGUGGCGCAGCAUCAUUAUGUACACAAUCAGCAUUGCCGUUAGCAAUAUCAUUACAUGGUAGUACAAGUACACCAUUGUUAACAACACCUUCGACAAGUUCAUAUGUUGUUGUUACACGUACACCAUCGACACAACACUUCCGUGAUGAGCAAACGUUAACGUUUGAUGAUCACAAUUGUUAGU